AAAAUAUUUCCAACAGCAGCGACUGUCAGGAGAUAGCUGGGUGGCAAUGGACAGGGGGAGAGGGGCUUUUCUCUGAGGCCACCUGGAAAAAGCCAUGCAAGACCCCUGGCUUCUCAAGGCGAAAAUACAGAAAUAAUUCAAAUUCAAGUACCUGAAAUGCAAAUUUGUAACACACAGCCGUUUAUUUUGGGAGGACAAAUCAUCGGUGGAUUUUAUGAGUGGAAUCGACGAAUCAAAGAAGAAGACGACAAAAUAAAGUUUCUGUAAAGUUUGCAGUGCGGCUCCGGAGCUUCAUGGACACGCAGAGAAAUCCUCAAACCAACUCCAGAAGAAGAAACCCCAACAAGUUCAGCACCAAGGAUAUCUCCAAUCAGUUUUGAUGUCAGGUGAAGGUGAAGUCAGUCUGACGGAGAGUUUAUCUUUAGCUAGGUAAAAACAGCUUUUACUUUCUGAUCGGCGCGUAAUUGCGCAGCGUUGAGGCAUGAGUGGAGGUCGCUUUGAGUUUGACGAUGGUGGAGCUUACUGCGGAGGAUGGGAGGGGGGCAAAGCCCACGGCCACGGCAUCUGCACCGGACCCAAAGGCCAGGGCGAGUUCUCCGGCUCCUGGAACUACGGCUUCGAGGUGGUGGGGGUCUACACCUGGCCCAGCGGGAACACCUACGAGGGGUACUGGUCGCAGGGGAAGCGUCACGGUCUGGGACUAGAGACCAAAGGACACUGGAUUUACAAAGGGGAAUGGACUCACGGCUUCAAAGGAAGGUACGGGGUCCGGAUCAGUGUUGGAAGCGGAGCAAAGUAUGAAGGCACGUGGAAUAAUGGGCUUCAGGAUGGAUACGGAACAGAAACUUAUGCUGAUGGAGGAACUUUCCAGGGUCAGUUCACUGGUGGGAUGCGACACGGGUACGGUGUCCGUCAGAGUGUCCCUUAUGGCAUGGCGGCAGUCGUCCGCUCCCCUCUUCGUACAUCCUUGACCUCCCUUCGCAGCGAGCACAGCAAUGGCACCGUUCUGCAGCAAGACAUCCCCGUCAUCACCACCACCAAUGCCUCGGGUGAGGAGACACCCGUCUCCACACCUACCCAGCUGGGACCGUCCCGCGGCGGCUUCGCCCUCACUCUGCAGGUGGAUCCAGAGGCUGUGAAACCAAAGAAGAAGGGCCUGUUUCGCAGAGGCUCCCUGCUGGGUAAACUAAGAAAAUCUGAAUCAAGUACGUCACUGUCCAGCCAGAAGAGCAAGCUCAGCUUCCUGAGGACGGAAUCGGCUCUCAGCUCCAACGCCAGCGACACCAACUCCACCAUCAGCAUGGACGAAAGCCUGGCCGGAGCCGAGGACUUCCCCCCGGUCGAGGCCGACAUUGACGCCACCACCACAGAGGUUUACAUGGGAGAGUGGAAGAACGACAAACGCUCAGGGUACGGAAUAAGCGAGAGGUCCAGCGGGCUGAAGUAUGAAGGCGAGUGGCUGAACAACCAGAGACACGGCUACGGCUGCACCACCUUCGCUGAGGGAGGCAAGGAGGAGGGCAAGUACUUGAACAACAUGUUGGUGAAGGCCGUGAAGAAGAGGAUGAUCCAGCUGAAGGGAACCAAGAUCAAGCAGAAGGUGGAGCGAGCGGUGGAGGGCGCUCAGAGAGCUGCGGCCAUCGGCAAGCAGAAAGCGGAGAUCGCUGCUUCCAGGACGACUCAUUCAAAGGCCAAGUCAGACGGGGCUGAACAGGCGGCUCAGGCGUCCAACAGCGAGUCCAGCAUCGCACGACUCGUCGCCAAAGAACUCUCCCCUUCCUUCUACCAGCCAGGUCCAGAGUACCUGAAGAAGAGAGUGAUGCAGGAGGUCGCGGAGGGCAGCGAGAACACAGAUAUCGUCAUGCAUGAGCCGCUUCUGGCUGAGGAGGAGCCCCUGCCCACGCCGCCCGAUAGCCCCUUCAUGAACGAACUGGACAGCCUCAUGCCCGGCUCGUCUCCAGGCCGCACCCCCUCCCCCAGCCCCGGCGUCUUCAGCAAGGAAGACCCCAAACUCCUCAGUCCGGGAAGCUGGAACGAAGACAAAAGCAGUAAAAGUGGUGGCAGUAAACCAAACAGCAAGCCGAAUAGUCGCCCCACUACUCCUUCAACCUCUGUCACUGCUCCUGCUGCAGCUGCUCCUGAGGGUGGAGGGGCCCCCAGCAGUCGUGGCCCCUCCCGCUCCUCGAGUCGUCAGAGCAACAAGAACGAGCAGGGGUCCGACCUGGAGAUAAAGCCCCUGCAGAAGUUUGACGCCGAGCCAGAAGCUCCAGAAGUCGCUCCUCCCGUCGCCCCCGUAAGGAAUCGCCUCAUCGCUCCAGAUGAAGAAGAAGCCCCCCGCCCCGCGUCCAGAGUGUCCUCCAAAGCGGUCACCCCCGAGCCCAAAACCGUCGAGGUCAAACCUGAACGAGUCCCAUCAGUCCAAGAACGAGCGACGCCCGUCCCCGAGCUCAAAGUGGAGUCCAGAGAGCCGAGCAGGCCGCCGAGCAAAGCAGAGACGAAGCCUUUCCCGAAACGACAGCCCAGCCCAGCUCCAUCCCCGUCCCCGAAACCUGCGCCCACUGUCGAACCUAAAACACUACCAAAGCAAGCAGAAGCCAAAGCCAUUGUUGCCAAACCAGCACCAAAAGUGGAUCCCAAAGCCGAAGCCAGACUGAAGGCCAUGGUGUCGAGCCCGAGCAGCGACGGGACUGCAGAGUCUUUGGAGCUGGAGGGCCCAAACACCAUCAUGAUCUGCAUGGUUAUCCUGCUCAACAUCGGCCUGGCCAUUCUCUUCGUACACAUCUUGUCAUGAGACCGUUUCCACCACCUCAGGUCACCAGCAGUGCUGGAGAGAGACGGCCUGCCUCCUCCUCCUCCUCCUCAGUUUUGGAGCAGAGAUCAAAGAGAAACCGCUGAGGAGAAAAAGAAGCUUCACACACUCAGCUGCAGCUCCUCUAAAGGUUUUGUGUUGGUGUGACUGUGUGAGGCUCUGUGAAGCUCCUCUCUUUUUCCAGAGGGUUUGACAUAAAAAGAAGGACAAUGAAUGAGGGAAAGAUUCAGAGCGUCUGGAUAUGAAGAUGGUUGCGUGUUAGAGGGUCGGGGGCUGGAUGUGAUGGAGCAUGUUGUUGGCACUGGAAGAUGUCUCUGUUCCCGCUUUGUCACAGUGUGUCACAAGUGUGUCAACGUUUAGCUAAAAAAGGAGGCUUUUAAUUCAAACCUUAAUUGAAUUAAACAGCAAACUUGCCAGAUUAGACGGUUAGAUGAUUGUGUUUAGUCACUAAAUGUGUUAGUUUGUAUAAAGCGAUCGCCGGCUGAAGGAAUGUUGAAAACAUGAAGAAUCUCUCCACUACGCCUUAAACUUGAAUGUUUGGAUUUCUGCAGCAGAUGCGGGGUGUUAACCGUCAUGCGCGUUGCUUUAAUAACCUGAUAUGUGUGUACCAGGAAGUCUGCUAGAUAGAACAUAGAGCUAAAAUAAACUCAAUCGCUUCUGCUGAUAAGCCCGCUUUGCAUCUUGUUGCUCUCCAGUCUCUUAAAGAAAAAGAAAAAAGGACUCCAGAGCAUCACACGCUGCUUUUUUUUUUUUUUUUUUUUUCAGCUAAACGUAUCCAUCAGAAUGUGUAUUUGAGACUGUGUUGUACUACACUGUGAAAUAUUCUAUAUUCACUGGGAUGUGUGUGUGUUUAUUGUCAAUCUGCUGCUUUGGUUUUGGGAGCUGAUGAACCAAAUAUAAGAUUAGGAGGCUUUUGAGUGUCACUGCUGAUGUUAAUGUUCUGUCUGUGUACCGUGUAGCAGAGAGUUGAGUCUGAGCUAGCAUGAAAUGAAGGCUGGGCUUCAUCUGGUUUAAGACAAUCGCUGUAUUAGUGGUAUAGUUUAUGUAUAUGCAACAAAAAGCAGCGGGACAGAGGUUUGUUUUGGGAGGAUAUUAAUCACCACUGUUCACCUGCUUUACAUUCAGGGCCUGCUGUGCUUCAGAGCCAAAAAUACGAGUUCAACUUUUGUACGCAUGAGGGCACUUUGUGUGUUUGUGUCUGUGUUUUUGUACCAUUUUGAAGAGCACGUCUUUCAAAGCAUUCAAAGAUUAUCUGUCAAAGGUUUUUUGUUUUUUGUUGUCAAGAACAACACAACCCCAAAUUAAGUUAUUUUUUCCCAAGAGUCCGGUUACCUCGUGAUUGUGAGAUUGGAGGAAAAAAAAAAGUGAAUUGUUCUUAACUCCAUGUCUUACACUGAGAAUGUGUUGGUUUAAAAAAAAAGGGAGGAAAAAGAGGUUUUUAGAUGAAGAGGUUUUGCCUUUGAGUUUGCAAAUGAAAACACACAGACUACUUGUCGUGCAUCGUUUCAGAGCACAAAAAAGGAAAAAUCUGUCAAAUAAAUCUCCCAUUAUCUCAUAGGGGCGGUUUCUUCUUUCCACCGAUGCAUCCAUUAGUAGUCGAACCGAUGAACGAGUUCAAAGGUCGGUCCAGUUAAACAGUAUUCAUGUAGUCGGUCAUGUUGAAGCAUUUGUGUUCUGUCUCUUUAAGUGCAUUUAAUUAAAUCUACAGUGUUUGAAUAAAUGCCUUUGUGUCGCCAAAUCUGGUUAAAAAAAAUCACCACACUGAAAAUGGAAUAAAGACUUUUACAACA